UGGCAACUUUGACAGAUAUGUUGGACCUAUGAAGACAAACAGCCAACAGGACAGGAAAGACGAGAAGAUAGCCUGUGUGACAGGAAUGGUAGUCCUAGGAAUGGAAGACCGGAGUCCCCUAUGAUUUCUACAGGAGAGAUGAAAGAUGGCACCAGAUGGGUGCAGUAUUUUCACCAUCACUGGCAAUGUGUUGUGAAAUAAGAUGUCCACAGUAACCCAGAGUAUGUUCCGUUUUGGAGGAGACCUGGAGUUUGACCUCACCUGGGAGCCAUUCCCAGGAACAGUGAUGGAUGUGCGAUUGAAACCAUACUCCAGGAGGGUCAGUUUUCUACAGUUUCUACGUCCACUCACACCAGAAAAACCAUAUUUUCUGGCACAGAUUAGGUCACUGGGUCCAACAAGUGUGGUAACAAUAGGUAUAGCCGGCUCUGACAUCCCCCUAGAUGUCCAUCCAGGUCACUGGAAUAACACAGUGGGCUACCAGAGCCACACUGGCAAGUGUUACACAUCACAUAACUACAGUGGCAAUACAGAUGGAGAGAAGUUUGGCAUGGGUGAUGUUUUUGGAGUUCUUGUCACCCAUUUUGACAAACAGUCAUCUACUGUAGUAUUCAUAAAGAAUGGGUUGCCAAUAGGAACAAGGUAUCAUUACCAGGCAAAGCACAGUGAGUUCUUCCCUACUAUAGCCCUGGAGAAUGGGGCCAUAGACAUAGGCAUGUUGUGGCCCCCAGCUGUCCUCAAACCCCCAGCACUUAGUAUGGGCAACAUGAAUCACUGGAUCAAAGCUUCCAACAUUCAAUAUGAUGCAAUGAAAGAGACAUUUUACUAUGAAGAUACAGAGAAAUAUGCAUUUUGCUCCAUGCAGAGUUCUGUGGCAUUAUCAAAAGACAUUCAGCACUUUGAUGUGGUGGUGAGGGAGGUAAAUGAGAAGGGCCAUGGACCCACCAUAGCUCUGGUCACCUGCAGCAGCUUAAUGCUGUAUCCAACCUGCGGACUCAUGGUGGACUACCUCAAAUGGUCAAAUGAAACUACAGAUCUGAAACUGGAAGUAGGUCAGCGUAUAGGUUGGGGUGUUCACUAUGGCCCUGAGAGCCAAGAGAAAAACGUAACCUUUGAUGAAACUGCCCUGCAACCUGUGUUGUGUUAUGUCACUCUGGACACCACUGUCAUAUACUGUAAAAUCAUGCUGCAGCCCCCUGGAGGUUUCUUCCCGCUAGUCACACUCAAGCCAUAUGCAUCCAAAGUCAAGAUAGACAUGACAUUCAACCCCCGUCCCAAGGGAGUCGAGAAUCUGGACCAGUUGUAUGCAGAAAGGUUGCAGGGAGCUAUGGAAGAACUAAAAAAAUCAUUUGAUCUGACAAGCAUUCCAAUGAAAUGGUUAAGAAUAUCGGAAGAUCUGCAAGUCACUGUUACAGACUAUGUCACCCUUCUGAAAUACCCGAAGGAACCCAAGGGCAUGGGCGUCAUUCAGCUACAACAAUCUCUCAAUAGACAGUACAAUUAUUAUUCCAUUACUGUUAAUAAACUUGAUGCAGACUCAGUGGUAUGUCUGGGAGUAGCAGGAGCUGACUUCCCAUUAAAUAAGAUGCCUGGAAAGCUGCCAGGAUCUGUUGGUUGGCAAUCCAAAUAUGGCUGUCUUCUCUCAGAGGGAUCUGCCCAUGGAAAUUCCAUAGGAGAGAGAUUUCAAACAGGGGAUACAGUUGGCAUCCAGAUAACUUCCUUUAGUGAAAAGGCAUGUGUGGUUCUGUUCAUCAAGAAUUACAGACCAGUAGGGACAAGAUACCUGUUCAGCAAAGACCUAAAUCAGUUGUAUCCAACUGUGGCAGUGUUUGGGAACAAGCAUGAAGUGGAUCUUAAUAUCUUCUGGCAGAACCAGACCAGUGUAGGGCUAUUUCCUGUGACCAAGAUAGACAGCUGGAUCAUCCCCGUAGGUGCUCGAAUUGUUGACUCAGAAGAAAAUGUUAUAGAGGUCACUACUGACACAAAUGAUAUCCUGUCCCUACAAGCACCAUAUGGACUCAGUAGAACUUACAAUCAUUUUGAGGUCCAAAUAAUAGAGGACUUCAGUGAUGAGGUGCCUCCACCCAUGAUAGCUCUGACCACAGCCAGUCCUCUUCUGCCACCACCGGAGUCCAACUUCAGACAGGACUUCAUCCGGUUCUGGGCAACUGGGGCAGCAUCCAGUGCCAUAAAGAAAGGCGACAAGGUUGGCUGGGGGGUAAUGUUUCCAGAUAAGGAACUACAGGACAACAGCAAGGACGAGCUGGUCAUUUGCUACUUGACCAUUAACAGGGACAUAGCACUGACCCGGGUGAUGUUUAAUCCUCCUGGAGGGUUUCACCCCCUGGUGGUCAUCCCUCCUAGAUUGCAUAGAGUAAAGCUGGACUUCUCAUGCACAGUUAUCAUUGACCACCCAUUCACAGAUGAAAGCAUUAGGACACUGAUAGGGGAAGCCAAGCGUCUGCUAGCUGAAGAAGAGGAGCUGAAAUCUGCUGGAAAAGACAUAGGAGACUGGCAGAAAGACAAAAUGCGGUACAUCAAGGGGGUUCCACAUGCAAAGAAUGAACAGGAGAAGGCCCAGGAGGAGGAGUUAUGUGGCGAUGAUAAAACUGACCUACAUUCAAAUACACCUGGGGUGGAUAAUGAAAGUGGAGAGAUUAAUUCCACUGAUGAAGUAUCUCAGUCAAGUGGAAAUGCUGAGGAAACUUGUGAGGAUAUAAAGAAAAAUAAGAAGAAUAAGUCAAGGACUUGUGCAAUACUUUAAUCACAAAGCAGCAGUGAAUUGACUCAGAUUGAGCCAGUUGUAUUAUGAAUAUAUCAGGGUUUCCUGACAUUUGCAAUAUUUAUACCACAUGAAAAAUGCAUAUCACUUGAUUAGCUACAUUUUUACAUUAGGUUAAAAGGGCAUGAUUUUUUUUACUUGAAAUUACGUACCGCUACUGCUACAUGUUCUACUGAGAUCAGACAAUUCGAUGUACAUUGUAUGUCAUAAUGAUUAGAUAACAUAUACCAGUAUGUGAACAGCGCAACGUACUUGUACAUGGAGCAGAUCUCCUCAUUCCUGUUCCUUCUGUUUUUCACCUUUAUUUUUUAUUGAACACAACUUUAUUUAAGGCUGUUUAUACUAAAACCUUUUAAAGAUAUUUUUUUUACCCAAAUGUAGCAUGGCAUUUAUAUUUAUACUUGCAUAAUAUUAUGCAUAUGUGAUGUGUGUUGUCUUAAAUUUACAAUGUAUGUAGCUGAAAAUAAGAAGUUUACAUAUGUUUACUCAUAAUUUCCAAGUGUAACUUAGUGUCUAUGUAUUUUAGGGGCGGAUUGAGGCCAUCUUCUGGGUCUUCUAAGACGGUCAGAUUACAUUGAUGGGUAUCUAAUUUUUUUGUCGGAAAAAUAGAGAAUGGAUCUACAAAGAUACUUUGAAAGGCUCUCAGAAAAUUUCUCUGGAUCUGCCCCUGUAUUUUGUGUCUAGUUAUUUUAUUUUUAAAUUAUUUAAAUUAGCUACAGAUUCUGUAUCCUUAUUUGUGAAUAUCAAUUGAAAAAUCAAUCUGUAGUCCUGGUAGAGGGUUAUAUAUAUAUAUAUAUAUAUAUAUAUAUAUAUAUAUAUAUAUAUGGACUUGAAUAAAAAGCUUCAUACUGUACCUGUUUUCUGCCACUUCUCUAUAUAGAUGGCAAUUAGACUUGAGAUUGCAUCUUGUUUUCUUGUAUCUUUAGGUGAGUGACAAACUGAUUGGCUUCAAUGCCAUAAAAAUUCCAGCUUGUCCAUAGCGGCAUUGGGAAUUGAACAUGUGCUGCAUAUACUGCUAUCAAGAAUUUGCUCUGAUAUACUAACGCACACUUUGCAAAAUAACAGUUAAAAGUGCCUCUCUGCAUAUUCAAGUAAUAACACUGCGUUUAAGUGGACCCUCGGACUAAAAAUCAUUUGGAAUAUGUUUAAAAGUAGAAAACUUUUAUCACGAAACCUGGAUACCAUGUUGAGAUAAAUAUUUAAAUGUUUUUUAUGUCACCUGGACUGAAGUGCUGGGAUAGCCUCAAUUGAUAUUUGUGCUCAGAGUUGCUUGUUUCACUAGUUAAAAUUAUCUGAUAUUGUUGUUUUUAAUUAAGUGCAAUUGGGCAAAGCAGUUAUAUACAUGUAGAUGUAUGCAUUUUGUAGCUGUGUUUCUGUGGUUAACUCUGUAUAGAUUGAUAAAAUGUUUGUGAGAAUCUUUAUACCAGUGCGUCUUGUUGCUCUUAAAUGUUAUUCCAUCUUAGUGAAAGAAGUAAUUGAAUCAGUUUUUACAAAUUUUACCUAUAGGAUCCUUUGCGAGAUGCAUUUGCUUUAUUACGUUAUGCACAUGGGCAUUCUUUCAGAUUAUAUGCUCAGGUUAAAUUUGCAUGAAAGAAAUCGCUUUGUUUUAAUACAAUACCUUCAAAUAGGUCAUACCGCUUUUUCAUAUCUGUUUGGUUUGAUUAGUCUGCAUUAAGCAUGUCAUGUAUCAGACAUAUACAGUUAUUUUAAUGAAUAAAUUAUUUCUAUUAGGAGCUGUUUGUAAAAAUAUUCCAUCAUGAUUCUUUCACAUUAUAUGCUCAGGUUAAAGGGCUAAUAACUCUUUGUAUCAACUAUGAGAUCUAUAUUUCACAAUAAAAACAUUGUAAACAA